UCCAAACUUCUUCAAAUCUAGUAAGACUAAAGACUUUCAUUUCAUUUUUUGAAAAGAAAAAAAAAAGAAUUUUAUUAAUCUUUGAAGUUGAAUACGAAUACCAAUCUUCAGAAAUCAAACGUUCUUCAAAUCUAGUAAGAAUUUCACAUCUUUUUUUCAAAUCUCCAAAGAAUUUCAUUUCAAACAACAAUAUGUUUGGAAUCAAUGUAGAGAGGGGAGAACCAACUAUAGUUCCUCCUGCAGAGGAUACAACCAAGAAAGGCACCCUCUACUUCCUCUCAAACCUUGACUACAAUUUUCCUUGCAAGGUUAGAACGGUCUACUUGUUCAAACCGAGCAAGAAGGAAGGCAAUGGGGAGGGAGAGGUGGUGGAAGUGAUCAAGAACGCCUUGUCUAAGGCUCUUGUUAUCUUCUAUCCGGUUGCCGGCCGGCUGACCUUUGACUCGGAGGGGAGGAUGGCAGUGGAUUGCACCGAUGAGGGUGCUGUUUUUGUGGAAGCAGAAGCUGGUUGUACAAUAGAUGACAUUGGUGACGAUACUGUUUCUAUGGGUGACCUUGUUUACGACGUUCCUGCUGCCAAACACAUUAUGGAAAUGCCACCUCUCGCUGUUCAGGUGACGAAGUUUUCAUGUGGAGGAUUUGCUAUGGGCAUAUGCGUGAACCAUUUAGUAUUUGAUGGACAAACCGGGAUGGACUUUAUUAACUCGUGGGGGAAGAUUGCCCGAGGCUUGUCCCUCAAGGUUCCUCAAUUCUUGGACAGAAGCAUACUCAAAGCUCGAAACCCGCCUAAGAUCGAAUUCGAUCAUCAAGAAUUCCUGGAAAUCGAAGACAUACCUCGCACUAACGAUCUUUACAACGAGGAGAUCAUCUACAAAUCGUUUGGUUUCGACACCGUGAAACUUGAAAAACUGAAGGCGGCAGCCACGGAAGAUGGGGCGGUUGUUAGGUGCUCCACAUUCGAAGCCCUGUCGGGUUUUAUUUGGAAGAGUAGAACUCAAGCUCUGAAAAUUCCACAUGAUCAGAAGAUAAAACUGCUCUUGGUUGUCGAUGGCCGGUCAAAGCUUGAUCCGCCGUUGCCGGAGAAUUAUUUCGGCAAUGCUGUUGUGAUUGUGGGUUGCCUUACCACAGCAGGCGAACUAACGGAGAAACCACUAUCAUACGCGGUGGGACUAGUCCAGGAGACGAUUCAAUCGGUUACAGAUUGCUACAUCAAGUCGACAAUAGACUACUUGGAAGUAACAAGAGCAAAGCCUUCCUUGGCCGGAAGCUUGAUCAUUGCUUCCUGGUGUCGACUGUCUUUCGAUACCACCGACUUCGGAUGGGGACGACCUUAUCUUGCCGGAAGAGUGACCUUCCCGGCCUGUAUGGAAUCGGCGAUAUUCAUGGCUCAUCCGGAAGAGAAGAGAAGCAUCAAUGUGCUUCUGGGUUUUCCAGCUUCUGCCAUGAAGGUCUUUCAAGAACUUGUGCAGAUUUAGUUGCGAGAGAGAUGAUAGAUCGGUUGGAAUAAAAUGGAUAGCUUUUUCGUUGGUUUAUUGUUAACGUUUUGGGUCUCGAGUUGCUUUUGCUUGCCCUUAUCUUUUUAAUAAUUGUAUCAUUUUCAAAAAUUAAUUAAAUUUCUUUUGCCGCGAAAAAAAUAAAAUAAAAUGGACAGUGCUGUAGAAGGGAAAAUGCAUAUGCAUUGCAAGUUUCGUAAUCUCGCUAUCCUUUCCAUGGCUCUCUCUUUUGGUUCUUUGGAUCAUUUUAUCUGUCCAACUAUUCUACAGUAAUAUAUUCAUUUUU